AUGAAUACCAAGCGAACUAAACUAUCAAGUGUCAAUCGACUUCCAAGUUUGUAUCAAGAGACUUUAAUUAAUUCCGAAAAUGAAUAUCGACGUGAAAUAAACCGUAAACUCGAUCAACUUCAACUUGUUAAUCGCGAAGUUGUUCGCCGUCGUCAUGCUUAUGAUCAUUUAUUUGCCCAUGGACAUUUAUCUAAACGCCAUCAAUGGUUUAACAAAGACAAAUCAUAUCGAGAAAUAUGUCGAACAAAAUGGAACAAAGACGCGACGAGUAAACCUCGAACAAGCCAUAUAUUUCUACCUAGUAUAUAUCCCGUUGAAGAUACAUCGUCAUUAACACCGCGCAGUUUUGAAAUCAUCGACGACGAAAGCCCAAGUGUAACCGAUGAAAAGAUAAAACAUAAAUUCCUACAUGUACAACCGGUUAUGUUAGAAAUUUUAAAUGCACCACAUUCAUCGAAAAUAGUUAGACAUCGACAAGAAACCGAACUACGUAAAAUGAGUGCUCAACGGCGUCAACAAUAUAUACAAAGAAAUGCAAUCGAUGAUCCACGAUAUAGACAACUAGUUUCAAUAUUACAGAAUGAUUGA